GAGCAUAAAACUCAUGUGACGGAGUGGAACCGACGGAGGUACCGUAACGAUGGGGAGAGGGAAGUGUCUGACUGGGAUGCUUACCUGGGCCGACACAUGAGGUGGUAUGAUGAUGGCCAGAAGCACGGUCUUCGUCUCAGGCCUCAGUGGAUGGCGGAAGACAUCGUGGAGCUUGAGAGGGAUGACCCCGAGGAAGAGGCCUACCAGACCCGCAUCAGAGACAUGCAUAGUGGAUUUUGGGAGUUUGCACCCCUCAUCAACAGAGUGUCCGGUGAGCUGAACAGAUGCAUCUUUGAAGCCUCAGAUGCACUAGGUGAUACCCCCGGGAGCGUACAAUCUGAGAACAAGAAGUUCGUGAAGCGUUGUCGCAAGCUGGUAGGCCUGCUUGGGUGUGCUGGAGUUGGGUAGGUUGAAGCUUAUCAUCCUGCAGCCACACAGGGUCUCAUCGGCUCAUCGAGCCAUGUUCCCUCGUCGUCUAGGUUGGUUGAGGAGGAGGAGGAGGAGGAGGCCACACAUAAAGAAGAUGAGGAGGAGGCCUAUCAUGAGUAAGCGAAGGAUGAGAGCAAUGGGAAGGAGGAGUACGAUGAAGAUUACGGACCUCCACCAACUCAGUCAUCUCAGCUGCCGAAGAGGAAUCCGAAGAAGAAGGAUUUGCUGAGUCCGGACCCUUUCCAGAGACCGGUUACUCGAUGGCCCAAGAAGAAGACUGAAGAGAAUCGUUCAAAGAACGAGGACCGUACCUCCAAGAGGAGCAGGAGAAGUAAUUCUGCUCUUGAAUACUUGGCUCUUGUAGUUGUCUAGUGGUUGUGAAACUACGUGGAACUAUGUGUUUGCUAUUUGUGAAACUAUG